AUGCCGGUCCCUUUCGAGACGUUGAUUCCUUAUGGAAUCAUGAUUGCCAUGUUCGGAGUCUCCGGCGCUGGCUUGGCCAAGAUCAAGCACAUGCAGUCAGGUGGAAAGCGGUCAAGACACUCCGUGGACCAGUGGGAUAGGCAAAUGAUGGACCGCGACCGCAGACUCACAGGCUAUUUACGAGGUCAAACGGACAACACGGCAGCGCCAGCCGGCUUCGAAUUGAACAACCCUUGGAGGGUGGAGAAGCGAUUCUCAUAA